AUUGUGACUUGCAGAUCUUUGUACUUUGUUGUCAUAAAAUCUGACCUUUGGGUGUUGCAAUAUAUUGAAUUUAUCUGAUAUAAAAACUGGAGUGUCGGCCUUUGGAAGUGUUUGGCAGUUUACAUCUUCACUAGGUCUGCAAACCACCUGAAAAAAGUUGCUACAGGAUGGAAGCUUCUACUUUCGUUUUGAGUGGAGAUUUCGGAUAUGUCAUACUUGUUAUGAUAUUUUCUAUUUUCGUGUUAAUGUGGAUGGGAUUUAAUGUUGGAGCAGCAAGAAAGAAGUAUGAAGUCCCUUAUCCAACAAUGUAUAGCAAUGAUGACCGAUUCAACUGUGUUCAAAGAGCUCAUCAAAACACACUGGAGGGAUACCCAACUUAUUUACUGCUGCAAGUUCUGAGUGGCCUUUAUUGUCCAAAACUUGCAGCAUUGUCUGGUGUUAUUUGGUGUGUUGGUAGAAUUUUUUAUGCACAGGGAUAUUACACAGGAGACCCCAACAAAAGACUUCGCGGUUCCUUUGCCUACAUUGGAUUAAUCACUAUGUUGGUGCUGUCUAUCAUCUUUGCUCUAAAUCUCCUGAAGAUCACCAAUUUAUAAUGCCAGACUUGGAUUUACUUAGACUGAGACUUUUAAUACAAUUACCAAUAUGUCUUAGUUCUUGUACCAUCUUAGUACUUCCCAUAUAAUAUUUGUACAUAUACAUGUGUACUACUUACAAAAUAUUUAAAGUUGUGUACUGUAAUACAAUGAAUGUAAGCUGUAUAUAUGAGAUACCUUAACAAUUUUCUUUUUAAAUAAAAAAAAAUUAUUUU